UGAGAAGCACACUCAAGUCGUGAUAAAAAGCACCUGCUUUUGUUUAUAAUGCUCCAGUUAUACAAUGAGGCAUUGACGUAACAAAAACCAUUAUGUCACGGACGAGCGAAUUACAAAACCAUAACGUGAUGUUCGUGACCUCUGACCUGAUACAGAAGCCAACGCUCUGCACCACUGACUUCCCAUUUCUGCACGUGCUUGGUGCACCAGAAUGAUGCUCAGCUAUUAAAAUUGCAAAUAUCGUCAGACCUGAGUUUUGGCCUUCGGAUGUUCGCCACACGCACGAGCUUUCCAUCACCAAGCCGCAGCACAAGUCGACCCGUGAUUGGCAGAGAGACAACAAGGGCGUCGGUAGUCAGGAUGACAUUAACAAGUCAUCCAACAUUGGCACGAGGCAUCCUGACCUUGACAGGGAGCCGUAACCGAAAGUCAAGAACCUACCUGAGCUGGUUUGUGAGGAGCAGGUGUGACACAGAUGACCGAGUGAGCCACACACAUCAAGAUGGUCUGCAGCGAAACCCAGAACGAGGCUGGUAGGAAUGGGGAGCCCAUGGGGAGUCUCUGUGAUGCAAGACAGGAUAGCAGGAACGGACGGUCUCUUUCCCACAAGACACCGCAAGAAGGUAGGAAGGUAGAGGAUGUCAAUGGGGUCUCUUUACCAAGCAGCUGCGAUGGUGCAAGACGUGAUGGCAAGAAUGGACAGUCGCUUUCUCACAUCGCAAUGCAGGAAGUUAAAAAGGCAGAGAGUGUCAGUGAGGAGGAACAAAAUCAUACACAACCAAAGGAAAGUGCAGGUAUAAAACUUACAGACUUCGAUCAAAGUGGCCGCUGUAGUCGAGGCUUAAGUUGUAAAAUAGAAAAUGUUGAUCGAGAUGCAGGGACACAGGCAGGAAACUCCAGAAAUAAACAGUCUGCUAAUGUCACGGUCAAGGACUCUAGUGUCAAGGCGGAGGGAACACACGAGAAACCUGCUUGCUUCGUCCAGGUGAUGGUGACGUUCUUGAUAGCGUGGGCCACGAUGGCUGCGUGCACGGGCAUGUCCUUCCCGGGAGUCGUACUGCCUCAGUUCACCGACCCAGACACAGACGACCUGUACCUGGAGCCCCAGACCCUGUCACUCUUCGUGAGCCUUUCGCACGUGGGCACCAUGGUGGGCUCCCUGGUGGCUGGGCAGCUGCUGACUCCCUUGGGUGCACGCCUCACCAUCCUCAUCGGUCUGCCACUAGCAAUGCUCGCCUGGUUAGGCCUCUUUUUCUCCAGCCAGUUAUGGAUCCUCAUGACCUGCCGCGUCCUCCAGGGGUGUACCUUUGCCCUGGUGAAGCCGCCCGCUAUCAUGUAUUUGAUCGAGAUGGCACAUGAAAGCCUGCGCGGGCGGCUAGUCGGGAUGCUGGGUAUCGCCAAGGAAAUUGGUUUCUUUUCCUCUUACAUAUUGGGCGGGUUGAUGCUCACGUGGCGACAAUUGAGUCUCGUGUAUACGUGUAUCCUGGUGCCGCCCGCAAUUGGAGUCUUUUUCCUGCCCAAUUCCCCGCGCUGGCUGACAAUCCACGGCCACGUCACCGAGGCCCGCAAAUCCCUUGUGUUCUUCAGAGGCCGCCACUGCGACGUAGAGGCGGAGCUGGUGGAAGUGAUCCGUCAAGCUAAUGAGGCAGGAUCCAGCUCCAGCACUCUGCAGCAGCUGAGGCUUCUGUUAAGACCAAGGACGCUAAAAAUUUUCUUUUUCGUUCUGACCAUGUUUGUGGUUUAUCCCCUGCAUGGCAGCUCCAUGUUAAGUUCUUAUCUGAUGAUAAUCUUGGAUACUCCUGGCGCGCCUGUCGAUCUCUCCCUGAGCAGCUUCCUGUGUAGUAUAACCAAGAUUGCUGGUGGCAUUACCCAUUUGCUUACUAUCGAUUAUUUAGGACGAGUACCCAUCAUGGUGGUCAGUUUUUGCUUCAUGAGUGCCUGCACCUUCAUCUACGGCUAUUAUAUCUAUUUUCUAGAUCUUGACAACCCUUAUAGCGCCACCUGGAUUCCACUCGCCACAGUCAUCACGUUUCAUUUCCUCGCAGGCGUCAGUGGUCCCAUCUUCGAUAUAUUGCAAGGAGAACUUCUGCCCAAUGCUUGUCGGGCAGCCAGCAUGCCCAUCAUUUCGCUUCUCAAUGGUUUGAGCGUUUUUGGAGCAGUGUCAUCGUUUUAUUAUCUGUUAGACCUCAUUGGCAGAAGUGGCUUGUUUGGGCUCUUCACGGCAGUUAACAUUGCUCUGGCUGUGGUUUGCUUGCUGGUCAUGCCAGAGACGCGAGGCUUGUCACUGGAGGCAAUCAGCGAUGCCGUUCACUCGUCAAAGCACAAAGUUAUGAAAAAACCAGAUGGCGUAAAUAAAACUGGUGUAGAUUCUUCUAAGUCUGCUUGACUGUGUGGUUUCAGUGUUAGCAGGCGUGCCUUUUCUGUGGUCUCAAGGGAAGGAGUACAUUUCCUCUCCCACCCCUUGACAUGCGCGGUCACCUGCUGAAGCGCUUUCGGGUGGAAGGGGUCGACCGACGCCCUUAAUGGGCCAUCUGUUCCCCAGGUUCCCCAGUUAAAUAGAAGACAGAUGAGGAAAACACAAACUUGAUCCUUGUUUUAGUGAUUAGUUUCAUACUCUCAAUUUUUUUUUUUUUUUUUUUCAGAAGCUUAAUAGUACUAAAAUAUAAAGUCACUCACACUCAUGAUUUCUUAGCUCCGCUUCUUGCAAGUCAAGAUGUCUUUCAUGCAUUCCUACAUGUGUGCGAUUCGUUUUCAUGAAGUACAGAUACUUUACAGAGGACUUCGUGUUUUUCUCUAAUCAAGAUACCUUCAGGCCGCAUCAGCGCUGUUCCAUAGCUAACUUAAGAAAUAGCAAAGCUACAAUGAAUUGAAAGUUUGCAUUAGUAGGGGUGUCAAAAAUGGGGAACUUGGACUGACUGAAAAAUCAACAUGCCAGAUUCUUCUGCUUGGAUCAAGGGAAAAUAUAAACAAAUAAAUAGGAAGAACACUCUCACCACAGCUCACGGUACUGUUUAUUUGUCCGUGUUCAGAAAUGUUUUGUUCUUAUCCAGAUUAUUUCCAAAGGUCAUAAGGAUAAUUAGUUGUUUCAAGAGUGUUUUUGUCAUUGAUGAUGGUGAAUACUUGUUAAACCAUUGGUAGAAUCAUUAAAACGCUCUUGAAAACCCUAAAGAGCUUGUAGUGCAUGCAGUAACCAUGGUAAGACGAUGAAGUGUUUGGGAAUGCUGGCCAGUGACGCUCAUCCGUGGUCUCAAGUGAAUGCUGGCCGGUAGACUGGGAUUGAUGUCUCCAUCACUCGUGUUUGCUUCCACCAGUUACUCACUCUACAUGAUGUACAGCUCAUUAUAUUCCUCAUUGUUAUGACACACUACUCACUGUAUUUCUCGCUGUUAAGAUGGACUGUUCAUUGUAUUCCAUAGUUUUAUAAUGCACUAAAUGUAUUCCUCACUGUUAAGUUGUACUACUCAUUGUACUCCUCACUGUUAAGAUGGACAAGUUCUUGUACUUAUUGUUAUGACAUACUUAUCAUGGUGAUCCACAAUGUAUUAAUAAACAAUGUAGUUUCCUUUGUA